CUCUGCCAUUGAGCCAAGUGGCCCCAACUCCUUGGAGCAGCAGCCGAGGGGCAAGACUGCCCAGGGGCUCUGUGUGAGGUAAGGGCCAAGCCCUGUGACGCUGGUUCUAGAAUGGGGAGAGUCCAGGACAGGCACAGCACCGAGGCAGCCACAGGGCAGCUCUCAGCGGACACCAUGUCCUAUUAUGGGAUGGGGAAACCUUCCGCAGGCUUCUUUCCACCUCCAAGUCCAGGUAACGACUCCCCUUUCAUCCCCGAGGAGUUUUGUGCAGGCAACGCCCUCCUCUGUGCGGCCCCACACAUUUUCCUCCCCCCCUCAGCCGAAUUGGUGUGUGGAGGGAGCUCUUCAUGUCACCCCAGAGAUGGGUGGCUGUCUUCUUAGACUCACAGAAGUGGAGUUGGGACCCCCAACGGUCAUCUGGACCCCCCCCCAGCAAUGCAGGAAUCACAGCCCAAUAAUCCCCGGCAGAUGGCCAGGGAUGAAAACCUCCAAUGGACAAGAGUCCACCACCUUCCGAGGUGGUCCACUCCGCUGCCAAACACCUCUUUGACAAGGCCAGAGAAGAGGCCCCAGCGCUACAGGGAUGAGGCCCGAGGGAGAGGCAGGCCUGGGGGGGGGGGCAGCUGAUAUGGGACACACGGAACCAUCUCCUAAGCUCUCUGGUUCCUUCUGGGGCGGAGUGGGAAGCAGGGAACCCAUGGAAUGAAAAUUACAGCUGCAGCUCAACUCUCGCUCCAGUUUAUCUUCCUCUUGGGAAAUAAGAUUACUCAGCACCAGGAGGCAAGUGAGUGUGUGGGCAAUGGAAACUGGUAUCGAGGGCAUGGAAGGAAUUUAGCAGCCUCAAUUCACCCCACCUUCAAUCUAGCCUGAGAACCAGAGCCCCCAAGUUGUCCUCCUCACACACCCUCCCCGCCAAUCCACCUCUGUCCCAGACACUCCAGUUGGUGCCCCCCCCAACACACACGCCUUUAUUUUGGACAGGAGAAUUGGGCAGCAGAGAGGUCGAAAUGGCACCGAGUGGCCCGUCGAGCCUCUACCCUGGGAUGCCAAGGGAGACACCGGCUUCAGGGGGCCUCUCCUCGGCCAUCGGGCUCCUGAGGAGGAAGCUGCAAGCCAAGCAGGGGCUCCGCAUCAGCUCAGCGGCCCCCAGCUGCUCCAGGAUCCGGACACCAAGCCGCCUUGUGGAGGAGCCUGCUGGUCACCGGGCACACCUGGGCAAGGGGCUCCAGAAAGGUGGGAGCCACACCGAGGCCUCUGCUGCAGGAAGCUGUGCCCUCAGGGACCGGACCGAGAAUAUGCCGCUGAGCAGACGGGCGACCGGUGGCUCUUCCUCUCCUCUGUGCCGCCGCCCCUUCCUCUCAGCCAGCCCCCCAAGGACUUUGCCAGCUCCGGCGGAGACUUUGCGCUGGCCAGGUGGGGAUUCUUGCCCAGCGGGGUCUUCCUGAUGUCAGCCAAGUUUGGCAAGGACAGAGAGGCCCAGCCCCCGCUGCACCUGCCCCCCAACAUCUGCAUCCUGACCCUGGCCAUGAUGAUCGCUGGCAUUCCCACGGUCCCCGUGCCGGGCGUGCGGGAGGAAGACAUGGUCCACGCUGCCCAGUGCUUUGUGGCGGAGAACCUGGAGCCUGGCAACGCGCAGGGGAGGCAGCACAGAGGAGGAGGAGGAGGUGGGCUGCCAUGCAGCGCCUGGGGCCUUCCUGCAAGAGGGGGGACAAGCAGAGGAAGAGGGCCACCCACAGGAGCCUCCUGCCCCUGUUCCUGGCGCAGCUGGAGAAGUGAGAGCAGGGGGGAAGAAACGCUUAAUUCUGCUUUGAAAAGCCAACAUAAAGGGUUUGUGAAAAGCAA